CUUCAAUUGCCUGCCCUUAACCAACAUUAAGAAACACAAAAAGAAAGAAAAGAAACCUUAGUAACUAUUACUAUGAAGUUUCUUGAACUUGCCGACCUUGACGCGAUUAACAACGCGUUGUCAUUUGAUGCCGACGAUUGUCGAAUUCAUGGGAAAUGCGAAAUUUACACAACAAAAUCCACCGGUUCGGAUAAAAAAUUAUACAAGGCCAUUGAGUCGCGAUGUCAAGAAGAUAUGCUUGCAUUUUCAAGUAGCAAAUCGCCUGAGCUUGCUUUUAGUUGGACACAACAGAGCCCGUUUGGACCUCUCGAUCAGUCUUCUUCGCGUCGCACAUUUAUGUAUAUUGUAGCUACACUAAAUGCCUCACACCCCGAUCACGACUUCAGUACUCUACAACCGACCGAUUUUUACAAAGAGCCUUCACUUUCACGGGUUUUGGACAGCGUGAAUGCAACUAUCAAUGGCAUGGGUCGCGGUAGGAUAAGUGUUAAUCAGCUUUGGGAGACGGUAGACCGACAUAUAAACCUUUCCGAAUGUAACAUCUACUCUUAUACUCCUGAUAGCGAUAGUGAUCCUUAUGGAGAUGAGGCUUUAAUUUGGAGUAUGUCAUAUUUUUUCUUCAACAAAAACAUGAAACGUAUGCUUUAUUUUUCUUUGCACGGUCUUGGGAAAGAGGGCACGUAUCAGAGCCACUAUGUCAACGAGGAUGAGUCUGUCUUGACACCAGUUCCGGAGGAUGGAGAACCAAGCGAUUUUGAGGACGAUUGGGUAGCCAAUAUGGAUGAGUAAUCUGUUAUUAAUUUCUCCUUCUCCGUAAUAUCGUUGUAUUUCCUUGUUUCACCUUCCGGAAUUCCUUUUGCUUUUCUUUUUUGAUGAUAGAUUUUUACAUUAUUAUUUCCUUUUUGAACCUAGUGUCGUCUAAUGCUUACAACACAAUAAUUGCAGCAUACUCCAAUCUUUUUGCUUCUUUGAUUUGAUGUCUUGUGAAUGCCCUUGUAUAAUGAUAAAAACAAGAGAGUGAGUGAUCUUCUUCUUCCCGAUUAAUUCCAAACUGCCUUUUUGUUACUGUAAUAUAUAUGCUUAAGGAAAAGUCUUAAUUUUCGAACUCUUGCUAUAUGAUCGAAAACCAUUAAUACACGUAACUCUCUUUCUUUUCUAUUCAAAAGAAUCUAUAUUCCAUAAAGUUUAUUUAUCGCUACUCUUUACAUUCGUUUCAAUGUUCAGGGCUGAAGCCUGUGGGUUUGUCUUUCAAGAUACAUCACUAGUCCUUGUUUAAAGAAAGAAUCCAUGGUUUUUCUUUUUGUAUUUCUUAUCCCUUUGCUUUAACUUCUCUGCUUCCUAGCGCCGGUUUACUCGAAAAUUGGAUGUAUAUAAAUAGAGUCUAUAGAGAUUUUGUUCCUUAUUUUAUUAAACAAACUAAUAUAUCUGUAUUGCAUAAAAACUUG